GGCAGGGGGGGAGAGGAGUCUGGCCAGCGGUGAGAUGAUGAUGUGACCCCGUGCAAACUCCAAUGACCACGUCUCGCUCUCAGGCGCACACACUCACGCACGCACGCACGCACGCACGCACACAUGCGUGGAACCGCCGCGUCCGUGCCCAGGCUCACGCCAACAUGACUCCGUCCGGCGGUUCGUCGGAUACUUGUCAACUCACUCCGAGUGACCGCAUGGAGCUCGGGCUGCGGGAAUAGGACGUUAUCCACGCGCUCGCGGGGAAACGAGCGGCCGUAACACGUCGAGACGCGAUCGCAGGCCGCCCUGCGCACUUCGGAGAGCGCUACGAUGCGGGGCGCUCUGAGCGCGUUCAUCCAGUCCUGCCUGCUGCUGCUGGUCCGAGCGGACCAGUGGAGCCUGAAGCACUCGGCCAACUGCGAGUUACACAGGAAGCAAAGUGACCUAAACUCUUUCCUAUGGACGAUUAAACGGGAUCCGCCCUCUUACUUCUACGGCACCAUCCACGUCCCCUACACGCGUGUUUGGGACUUCAUCCCUGAAAACUCCAAGCAGGCCUUCCAGGAGAGCAACAUUGUCUACUUUGAGCUGGACCUGACCGACCCGUACACCAUCUCAGCUCUGACCAGCUGCCAGCUGCUUCCCCACGGCGAGAACCUGCAGGAUGUCCUGCCCAGAGACAUCUACCGCAGGCUGAAAAGACACCUUGACUACGUGAAGCUGAUGAUGCCGUCGUGGAUGACCCCGGACCAGAGGGGCAAGGGCCUCUAUGCGGAUUACCUCUUCAACGCCAUCGCGGGGAACUGGGAGAGGAAGCGGCCGGUGUGGGUGAUGCUGAUGGUGAACUCACUGACGGAGGCCGACAUCAAGACGCGGGGGGUGCCGGUUCUGGACCUGUACCUGGCCCAGGAGGCGGAAAGGAUGAGGAAGAAGACGGGGGCAGUGGAGAAGGUGGAGGAACAGUGUCACCCCCUCAAUGGGCUCAACUUCUCCCAGGUGAUCUUUGCGCUCAACCAGACGUUGUUGCAGCAGGAGUCCCUGAGGGCGGGGAGUCUGCAGGUGCCGUACACCACUGAAGACCUCAUCAGACACUACAACUGUGGAGAUCUCAACUCCAUCAUUUUUAACCACGACACCUCGCAGGUCCCUAAUUUCAACAACGUGACGCUGCCGCCCAGCGAGCAGGUGACCGCCCAGGAGAUCGACAGCUACUUCCGACAGGAACUCAUCUACAAGAGAAAUGAGAGGAUGGGCAAGAGGGUCAGGGCCCUGUUGGAGGAGCACCCUGACAAGAGCUUCUUCUUCGCCUUCGGAGCAGGUCACUUUCUGGGCAACAACACCGUCAUUGAUGUGCUGCGUCGCCAGGGAUACGAGGUGGAGCACACGCCGGCUGGGCAGCCGGUGAACAGGAGGCCUGAAUCGGACGACCACCACGACGAGGCCCCGCUCCUGGAGCCUUUUUUCCACGAGCUCCCUCACAAAGAGGAGGACCAGGGGCGUCCCCUGGAGGAGGACCUCCUGCCCCACAUGCUGCUGCCGCCGGACAGCCUGGAGCUGCUGGAGAAGGCCGAGAAGAAGAUGCUGAAGAAGAAGCGCAGGAACAAGCAGAAGAAGCAGAGGCACCGGCAUUUCAACGACCUCUGGGUCCGCAUCGAGGAGAGCACCAUGGCCCAUUCUCCGCCCCCCCCGCUGGUCCGCAUCAUCAACGGUUACAUCACCGUGCAGCCACCUGACCGCUCCCACGGCCGCCACGGCCUCCGCCGCACGCCGUCAGCGGCGCCCGCGCCCCCCUCCUCGUCUUCCUCCCUCGUCUUCCUCGGCCUGCUGCUCACACUGCUCCCACAGAUGUGCGCUGCCCUCCUCUAGCCGAGCAUUUUUCCGAGCUCCAUAAAACCGGAUUCAAGCAUAAACUCUCGCACAUGCUCGGUUUCAUAUGUCGGCCCUCGAAGAAGCGCGCGGUCACGCAUCGCGGGACGUCGAGGAGGCUGCGACGGAGAUGGUUUGUGAAAAAAAUGCACAGGAAAAGGAUAUGAGAUCAUCUCUGUUAGUCAGGUAGCAGUAAACUUAGGGUUUGAGACAAGGCCUUUAUGGGUUCAGAAGGUCUCAGCUGAUUUACACCCACAGCAGAACCAAGAAGCUGCGUGAAAGAAAGCUCAUAAAUGAUCGUCACAUCACACAGAUCGUGUUGACACGGCAAGUUGGGUUUUCUUUGGAUUAUCGUGUUCUUCCAGUGGAACCUCAGUGAACCUUCAGUGUCUCAGAAUGUGAAACACUUCCUAAAGUGUUCAGAGAACGGACCUGAGCAUCAUUAAAACCACUGCUGGAUAUAAAAUACCUUCACCAAUAACUGGAACCAUGUGUGUGUGUGUGUGUGUGUGUGUGUGUGUGUGUGUGUGUGUCUCAGACUAAGUCUAUCAGCUCUUAAACCCCCUUGGCCGUGCAAACAGGUGUUCCUCUUCAGAACUUAAUUUAUUCUUCCAUUUUAGAAAAAUGCUGCAGGAAGAAGGUGGGGGGGGUGUACAUACUGUUUCUAAAUAUUAGAGAUGUAUUUUAGAAUUAUACAAAAAUGAAAAUCAAGUUGUUGUUGUUUAUAUAAAUAUAUAAAUAGAUAAGCAGUAUAUUUUUUGAAAAGUCUCCAGAGACUAACCCUCACUCAGUCGCUCCUGUCCUGUGUCUCUCUGAAGUGGAGGUUCUGGGACGGACGUUUCAUUGUAUCGUGCUUCAUGUCUCAGUGUUAUCGCUUGCUUCGCUGUGUGCGUUUGCCGGAAGACUCCGUGUUCAUGUGCUCGUGUUUAAUUUAUUUAACUCUCAUAGUUUUGCUGUAGAUCAUAUGAGUCAUACUUUAGUGUCACCGUGACAGGAGUUCUAAGAGGUUCAUCUAUGAUUUCUAACCAUAAAGAGGCAACG